CAGCUUAUUUGUGUUCAGUAAAAAUAAGGCGCCAGCAGAAAUGGAGUCUCUGGUUCGUCAGAACUUCCACCGUGAGUGUGAGGCCGCCGUCAACCGGAUGAUCAACAUGGAGCUGUUCGCCUCGUACACCUACACUUCCAUGGCUUUCUUCUUCUCCAGAGAUGAUGUGGCUCGUCCAGGGUUUUGUCAUUUCUUCAAGGAGAACAGUGAAGAGGAGCGUGAGCAUGCUGAGAAGUUGUUGUCAUUCCAGACCAAGCGAGGAGGCAGAAUCUUCCUGCAGGAUGUCAAGAAACCGGAGCGUGAUGAGUGGGGCAGCGGGCUGGAGGCCAUGCAGUGUGCUCUGCAGCUUGAGAAGAAUAUCUAUGAAGCUCUGCUGAACCUCCACAAACUGGCCUCUGAACAUGCAGAUCCUCAUCUGUGUGACUUCCUGGAGACUCAUUACCUGAAUGAGCAGGUGGAGGCCAUCAAGAAGCUGGGUGACUACAUCACUAACCUCACCCGCAUGGAUGCCAAAAACAACAAGCUGGCAGAGUAUCUGUUUGACAAGCACACUCUGGGGGGCAAGAGCUAAAUGCAGAAG